UAAGAUUUUUUUCGUGGUGGUGGGGGAGGUGAUUGGGUGGCUGGCUGGCUGCGGGAAGCUGCUUCCUUUCCCUUUGGAGAUGAUUGUGCUAUUAUUCUUUGCCUUGCUCUGGAUGGUGGAAGGAGUCUUUUCCCAGCUUCACUACACAGUGCAGGAGGAGCAGGAACAUGGCACUUUCGUGGGGAAUAUCGCUGAAGAUCUGGGCUUGGACAUUACAAAACUUUCAGCUCGCAGGUUUCAAACGGUGCCCAACUCUCGGACCCCUUACUUGGACCUCAACCUGGAGACCGGGGUGCUGUACGUGAACGAGAAGAUCGACCGCGAGCAAAUCUGCAAGCAGAGCCCCUCCUGCGUCCUGCACCUGGAGGUCUUCCUGGAGAACCCCCUCGAGCUGUUCCGGGUGGAGAUCGAAGUGCUGGACAUCAAUGACAACCCCCCCUCCUUCCCGGAGCCGGACCUGACGGUGGAGAUCUCUGAGAGCGCUACGCCGGGCACCCGGUUCCCCCUGGAGAGCGCUUUCGACCCAGACGUGGGCACCAACUCCUUGCGCGACUACGAGAUAACCCCCAACAGCUACUUCUCCCUGGACGUGCAGACCCAGGGGGAUGGCAACCGAUUCGCCGAGCUGGUGCUGGAGAAGCCGCUGGACCGAGAGCAGCAAGCGGUGCACCGCUACGUGCUGACCGCGGUGGACGGGGGAGGAGGGGGAGGAGGAGGAGAAGGAGGGGGAGGCGGCGGGGGAGGGGGCCUACCACCCCAACAGCAGCGCACCGGCACUGCCCUACUCACCAUCCGAGUGCUGGACUCCAACGACAAUGUCCCCGCCUUCGACCAACCCGUCUACACUGUGUCCCUACCAGAGAACUCGCCACCGGGCACGCUUGUAAUCCAGCUCAACGCCACAGACCCAGAUGAGGGACAGAAUGGCGAAGUCGUGUAUUCCUUCAGCAGCCACAUUUCGCCCAGGGCGCGGGAGCUCUUUGGACUCUCCCCGCGCACCGGCCGACUGGAGGUGAGCGGCGAGCUAGACUAUGAAGAGAGCCCGGUGUACCAAGUAUACGUACAAGCCAAGGACUUGGGCCCCAACGCCGUGCCCGCGCACUGCAAGGUGCUAGUGCGAGUACUGGAUGCUAACGACAACGCGCCAGAGAUCAGCUUCAGCACGGUGAAGGAGGCGGUGAGCGAGGGCGCGGCGCCCGGUACAGUAGUGGCCCUGUUUAGCGUGACCGAUCGCGACUCAGAGGAAAAUGGGCAGGUGCAAUGCGAGCUACUGGGGGAUGUGCCGUUCCGCCUCAAGUCUUCCUUUAAGAACUACUAUACCAUCGUGACCGAGGCCCCCCUGGACCGAGAGGCUGGAGACUCCUACACCCUAACAGUAGUGGCUCGGGACCGGGGUGAGCCGGCGCUCUCCACCAGUAAGUCGAUCCAGGUACAAGUGUCAGAUGUGAACGACAACGCACCGCGGUUUAGCCAGCCCGUCUACGACGUGUAUGUGACCGAGAACAACGUGCCGGGCGCGUACAUCUACGCGGUGAGCGCCACAGACCGCGAUGAGGGCGCCAACGCCCAGCUAGCCUACUCUAUCCUCGAGUGCCAGAUCCAGGGCAUGAGCGUCUUCACUUACGUGUCCAUCAACUCUGAGAACGGCUACUUGUACGCCCUGCGCUCCUUCGACUACGAGCAGCUCAAGGACUUCAGCUUCCAAGUGGAAGCUCGGGACGCCGGCAGCCCCCAGGCUCUGGCUGGUAACGCCACGGUCAACAUCCUCAUCGUGGAUCAGAACGACAAUGCCCCUGCCAUCGUGGCGCCCCUGCCUGGGCGCAACGGGACUCCAGCGCGCGAGGUGCUGCCCCGGUCGGCGGAGCCGGGUUACCUGCUGACCCGCGUGGCGGCAGUGGACGCAGACGACGGCGAGAACGCCCGGCUCACUUACAGCAUUGUGCGGGGCAACGAAAUGAACCUCUUCCGCAUGGACUGGCGCACCGGGGAACUCCGCACCGCGCGUCGGGUGCCGGCCAAGCGCGACCCCCAGCGGCCUUACGAGCUGGUGAUCGAGGUGCGCGACCACGGGCAGCCGCCCCUGUCCUCCACUGCCACGCUGGUGGUGCAGCUGGUGGAUGGAGCUGUGGAGCCCCAGGGUGGGGGCGGGGGCGGUAGCGGGGGGCCAGGGGAGCAUCAGCGCCCCAGCCGCUCCGGCGGCGGGGAGACCUCGCUGGACCUCACCCUCAUUCUCAUCAUUGCGCUGGGCUCGGUGUCCUUCAUAUUCCUGCUAGCCAUGAUCGUGCUUGCCGUGCGUUGCCAAAAAGAGAAGAAGCUCAACAUCUACACGUGUCUAGCCAGCGACUGCUGCCUCUGCUGCUGCUGCUGUGGCAGCGGGGGCUCGACCUGCUGUGGCCGCCAAGCCCGGGCGCGCAAGAAGAAACUCAGCAAGUCGGACAUUAUGCUGGUGCAAAGCUCCAAUGUACCCAGUAACCCGGCGCAAGUGCCGGUGGAGGAGUCCGGGGGCUUCGGCUCCCACCACCACAACCAGAAUUACUGCUACCAGGUCUGCCUGACCCCUGAGUCCGCCAAGACCGACCUGAUGUUCCUUAAGCCCUGCAGCCCUUCACGGAGUACGGACACUGAGCACAACCCCUGUGGGGCUAUCGUCACCGGCUACACAGACCAGCAGCCCGACAUCAUCUCCAACGGAAGCAUUUUGUCCAACGAGACUAAACACCAGCGAGCAGAGCUCAGCUAUCUAGUUGACAGACCUCGCCGAGUUAACAGUUCUGCAUUCCAAGAAGCCGACAUAGUAAGCUCUAAGGACAGUGGUCAUGGAGACAGUGAACAGGGAGAUAGUGAUCAUGAUGCCACCAAUCGCGGCCAGUCAGCCGGCAUGGAUCUCUUCUCCAACUGCACUGAGGAAUGCAAAGCCCUGGGCCACUCAGAUCGGUGCUGGAUGCCUUCUUUUGUCCCCGCUGAUGGACGCCAGGCUGCUGAUUAUCGCAGCAAUCUUCAUGUUCCUGGCAUGGACUCUGUUCCAGACACCGAGGUGUUUGAAACUCCAGAAGCCCAGCCUGGGGCGGAGAGGUCUUUCUCCACCUUUGGCAAAGAGAAGGCCCUUCACAGCACUCUGGAGAGGAAGGAGCUGGAUGGACUGCUGUCUAAUACACGAGCGCCUUACAAACCACCAUAUUUGAAUCAUUUCCAUCCUCUUUCUUAUUUUGUACAUUGGAAGUAAAUCCAUAUAAGCACUUGUCCGUCAUGUGAGCCUAACAAAGGAAGAUUAUCAAUUAAAAUAUAAAUAGAAUUAUUCAAUGAAAAGGAUUAUCUACUUGGGAUUUUUUU